AUGGAUAUUAAAGUCAUAAGCUGGAAUAUUCGUGGGUUAAACGCUUUUGAGAGGAUGGUGGCUUUGAAAAAUCUGGUGAUGGCUCAAAAAUGCACAAUUUGUCUGAUUCAAGAUACUAAGAUGAUGAAGAUGGAUCAUUGGGUAAUUCAAAAUAUUUUGUAUGAUGGAGAGUUUGAUUGGAUGUAUUUUCCUUCAGUUGGUGCUAGUGGAGGGCUGCUUACAGUCUGGGAUAAAAGUAAGUUAGUGAAGGAGGGAGAAAGGGUACGAAUGAAUAAUAUUUCCACACUGUUUACUCUUAAAGAUAAUUGGGAUAAAUUAGUUGUGUGCAAUUUGUAUUCACCUUGUGAGUAUACUGAAAGGGAGGUGUUUCGGAAGGAUUUGGAGGAGAUAAAGAAUUGGUGGGAAGGACCAAUGUGUUAUGGAGGGGACGUCAAUGCAGUAAGGAGCAAUGAGGAGAGGAAUAGGGGAGAUGGAGAUAGCAGAAACAAUAAUUUUCUAAACAAUUUUAUUUACAAUCAGGAGUUGGUGGAUUUACCUUUGCUGGGAGGUGCUUUCACUUGGUCAGAUAUGCAAACUGAUCCUUUAUUAUGCAGAUUAGAUAGAUUUAUGCUGAUUGUGGGCUUUGAUGUUAUGUUUCCUGAUGAUGUUCAAAUGACACUAGCAAGAGUGAUAUCUGAUCACAAACCAAUGCUAAUUUCAAAACCAGGUCUUGCUUGUAAACCAUAUUUUAAAUUUGAGAAUGGUUGGAUUUAUCAUAAGCAGUUUAAGCAGUUGGUUGAACAAUGGUGGGGUAUGAUGAAUUUUGAAGGUUCAGCUAGUUUCAUCUUUUUUAAGAAACUUCAGAAUCUGAAAUACUUGUUGAAUAAUUGGAGUAGGGAGGAGUUUGGAGGUGUCAAAAGGGAGAAAAACGAUUUGACAUAG